AUCCUGCUUUCCUGUUUUCCAAAACCACCUUUUUAAGAUCCCCGAUUCCGGUUUUUUUGGCUUCCAAUCGCUGCAUAUAAAUCUUCUUCUUCUCUCUUUCCCACUCUCUUUCUAUCCAUCUAUCUCGAUUUAUCUGGGCUCUGUUAGAGAAAAAGCUUACAGGGAGACAGAGAGUGGUGUACACAGAAAGAGAGACACUGAGAUCUGAUACACCAAGAUGGGUUCGAUGGGUUCUAAUCCGCCGGAGCUGAGCUUAGAUUUGAAUACGGCGUAUAUCCCCAAAACUAUAACCAGUUUUCUUAAAGAGAUCUCGACGAUCGGUGACGCAUCUGAGAGGUUAUCUAAACUAAACGAGUAUGUAAAGAGAUUAGAAGAUGAAAUGAGGAAGAUCGAUGUCUUCAAACGCGAGCUUCCUCUCUGCAUGCUUCUGUUAAACGAUGCUAUUAAAGCAUUGAAGGAGGAAACAAUGCACUGUAAGGCAUCCGAUGUUCGAUCUGUAAUGGAGGAAUUUAUUCCGUUAAAGAGAAAUUCGGACAACGAUGGAGUGGUAAAGAAGGAAAAGGAUUGCAGAGACAAGAAAAGCUGGAUGAGCUCUGUUCAGCUCUGGAGUUCUAAUGGCUGUUCAAAUGGUGAUCUUAACGACGACCGGAAACAAAAAUCAGUUGCAGAUGUAAAAGAGGGAGCCAAAGAAGAUAAGUGUAUCACCAGUGAAAACCCGUUUCAGUCAUGUAAAUACAAGAGUGUAGGAGGAGGGGCCUUCAUGCCUUUCAAGGGUUAUGUCGGUUUUCCGGCACAGCCCAUGAAGGAAGAGGAGGAGGAGGUCUUGCCUGUACCUGGGCUUUCACUUGUGACUCCUGGACUUAAAACUACUGCAACUGAAGCAAGCUCGGGUCUGAAUUCGAAGAGACCUGUAGGUUCUUCAUCAUCUAUUAAUGUUCAAUCAAAUUUACAGCCGCCGCUGACGACUGUGACGAUGACUUCGCAACACCAGCAGCAACAGCAACAACAACAGGCUUCGAGGAAGCAAAGAAGAUGUUGGUCCCCGGAGUUACACAGGCGCUUCGUUAGUGCCCUGCAACAGCUUGGGGGCUCACAAGUUGCCACACCCAAGCAAAUAAGAGAGCUGAUGAAGGUAGAUGGCCUCACCAAUGAUGAAGUGAAGAGCCAUUUGCAGAAAUACAGACUUCACACCCGAAGAUCUCCAGCCACUGCAACCCCAGGAAAUCAACCAGUAGUAGUACUAGGAGGAUUAUGGAUGUCACAAGAUCAGUACGGGGCCUCCUCAAAGCCCACCACAUCCCAGUCUGGGUCUCCAGAGGGUCCCCUUCAGUUGGCAGGUACUGCUGGAGGUAUCUCCACCACAGGUGGUGAAAGCAUGGAAGAUGAAGAAGAUGAGAAAUCUGAGAGUUACAAUUGGAAAGUUUCAAGGCUUCCAAUUCAAGAUUGAUCACCUUCUUUCAUCCUUUGACCUGUUUGAAGUCUGGAACCAUGGGCAGAAUUCUUGGAAUAUAGAAAUGUUAUGAAGCACCAUUUGCCUUCCUAUCUUGUGAAUAUCUGAACAGUGAAUAAUACUUGGAUCAAAAUCAACCCAGUUACCCUUGGCAUUCCCUUGCUAAGCAAGAACCAGUAUAUAGUCUUUCAAGAAUAAAGGAGAUUUAAUAAGAUGAGGAUUUUGGAAUGCCACCAAUGUUCAGAUGCUUCGGAUAAGGUUUCAACUUUUCAUACCCCAACACACGUUUGAUAAAGUAAUGCCAACAAAUCUUAUUUGGGUAUUGGUUUGAUUUCUUUGAGCUCUGUUUUGUAUUGUAGUAAGGGGAAACCCAUGUGAGAAGACAGAGUGAAAAGGAGAAAAGAACACAGAGAAGAUGGAGAAGAUCUUCAGAGGAUGGCUGUGGAAGGAGAAAACCAAACAGUAGGUCCCAAAAGGAGAGAAGUUGGAGACUGGAACACAGUAGCAGAAAAAGUUGGCUCAACUUGGCUUUGUAUUGUGAAUUCUGAGCAAAUCUGAAACCGUUGACUUUUAGAUACCCUCUUUGCAGCUAGAUGUGCUCUGCACUUUGGUUUCCAAAUCUAACUGAUGAUCUCAAGCCCAAUAACAUAUCUUUCUUUUCGAGU